AUGUCAUUUCUUCCAUUCUCUACGAUAGGAUUUAGAACCUUAUCAACUAGCCGGGAUCGCCAGGAAAUUACCCGGCAAACGAGGAUGAUACUCAAACCGCGAGAUCAACGCAAAGUUUCUCGGAUAUGCCAAGCGAAACCCAUACGGUCCGAUUCCGAAACCGACAAGGAGGUUCUGAUUAUUCGUUAUGAAGCUGGAAAAGAUCCCAUCCAUCCACGUGAUUGGGGUUUUGCUAAGCGACUGAUGGUUACAAUCGUGGUGUCAUUUAUGGGUGUUAUUGUGGGAUGGUCUUCGUCAAUCGACUCGGGGGUUAUACCACAAUACGCGGAGGAGCUCGGCGUAAGCGAAGUGGUGGCACCUUUAUCAACUGGUCUGUUUCUUGUCGGGUUCGGGACUGGAGCCGUGAUUAGCGGCCUGUUUUCGGAAACCGUCGGGCGGAAUCCCGUUUAUAUCAUUACUUUGGUUAUGUUCAUGCUUUCCUUGGUGGGCGCCGGGUCUACCUCGGAUCUUGGUGGUCAGCUAGUUUGUCGUACACUAGCUGGAAUCUUUGCGGCCACGCCUCUUUCUUGCGCCAGAGGUACUGUUGCAGAUGCCUGGAUGCCUGAAGAACAAGUAUUUGCGUUUCCCAUUAUCGCUAUUAUUCAUUUCUUUGGCCCGGUCCUAGGGCCCGUGGUUGGAGGCUGGAUCGGACAAUCGGGCAUCACCUGGCAAUGGACUGAAUGGGUUACUUUAAUCGGAGCCGGGAUCGUUCUCGUCACCGUGGUUUUCAGACAGGCAUCUUUAUCAGCAAGACUCAUGCUAGCUAUGUAUCGGCCCGUGGUAAUGCUUGUGCAAGAAUCGAUAAUCUUCCUCUUCUCGCUGUACCUCACAGUGGCAUACAUCAUCAUCUUCACCUCCUUCACUGGCUAUGAGUUCAUGUACAAAGACAUCUACGACUUCUCUCAAGGUGAAACAGCCCUUUGCUUCCUCGGCCUAGCUAUAGGUCUCCUAUGCUGCGCCUUCCUCAUUCCCCACAAUGCAAAACUACACGCCCGCGAUGUCUCACGCGCUAAAACAGUCGAUCCCCAUGGAAAAGCACCCCCAGAAAGCCGCCUUUACUGGGCAAUGAUCGGGGCGCCGACCUUACCGACCUCAAUGUUCUGGAUGGCGUGGACAGCGCGAUCCGACAUCUCCUUCUGGUCACCGCUAUCUGCCUCCGUAGUGACCGGAUUUGGUAUGCUAUGUGUCUUCACCACCUGUUAUCAGUAUUUGAUCGAUACUUAUGAGGCGUAUGCUGCGAGCGCUUUGUCCUGCCUUACGUUGAUGCGGUAUUUGGUUUCCGGGGCCAUGAUUGAGGUGUCCAUUCCGUUUUAUAAGAAUUUGGGCGUGCCGCAUACGCUUACUAUCUUGGGGUGUAUUAAUGCUGUUCUUGUUCCUGUUCCGUAUGUUUCCUAUAGGUAUGGGCCGUGGAUUCGGAAGAGGAGCAAGUAUGGAAAGAUAGCGGGCUUAAUUUUUGAUUAA